AUGGGCGAAUUCUGCCCCUCCGAGUCUCUAUUUCCAAACUCCACUUCGGUUCCCCAGGUGACCAUCCUGUGCACGGUCAGCACUGCUCUCUGUGCUCUACUCCCGUGGGUUCGCACAUCUCUCGUGCAAGUGACCACAUCCCCAGUCUCUAUCCCCAAACUCCACUUUGGUUUCCCUUCCCCGGUGUCCUUGCUGUGCACGGUCAGCACUGCUCUCUGUGCUCUACUCCCGUGGGUUCGCACAUCUCUCGUGCAAGUGACCACAUCCCCAGUCUCUAUCCCCAAACUCCACUUUGGUUUCCCUUCCCCGGUGUCCUUGCUGUGCACGGUCAGCACUGCUCUCUGUGCUCUACUCCCGUGGGUUCGCACAUCUCUCGUGCAAGUGACCACAUCCCCAGUCUCUAUCCCCAAACUCCACUUUGGUUUCCCUUCCCCGGUGUCCUUGCUGUGCACGGUCAGCACUGCUCUCUGUGCUCUACUCCCGUGGGUUCGCACAUCUCUCGUGCAAGUGACCACAUCCCCAGUCUCUAUCCCCAAACUCCACUUUGGUUUCCCUUCCCCGGUGUCCUUGCUGUGCACGGUCAGCACUGCUCUCUGUGCUCUACUCCCGUGGGUUCGCACAUCUCUCGUGCAAGUGACCACAUCCCCAGUCUCUAUCCCCAAACUCCACUUUGGUUUCCCUUCCCCGGUGUCCUUGCUGUGCACGGUCAGCACUGCUCUCUGUGCUCUACUCCCGUGGGUUCGCACAUCUCUCGUGCAAGUGACCACAUCCCCAGUCUCUAUCCCCAAACUCCACUUUGGUUUCCCUUCCCCGGUGUCCUUGCUGUGCACGGUCAGCACUGCUCUCUGUGCUCUACUCCCGUGGGUUCGCACAUCUCUCGUGCAAGUGACCACAUCCCCAGUCUCUAUCCCCAAACUCCACUUUGGUUUCCCUUCCCCGGUGUCCAUGCUGUGCACGGUCAGCACUGCUCUCUGUGCUCUACUCCCGUGGGUUCGCACAUCUCUCGUGCAAGUGACCACAUCCCCAGUCUCUAUCCCCAAACUCCACUUUGGUUUCCCUUCCCCGGUGUCCUUGCUGUGCACGGUCAGCACUGCUCUCUGUGCUCUACUCCCGUGGGUUCGCACAUCUCUCGUGCAAGUGACCACAUCCCCAGUCUCUAUCCCCAAACUCCACUUUGGUUUCCCUUCCCAGGUGUCCUUGCUGUGCACGGUCAGCACUGCUCUCUGUGCUCUACUCCCGUGGGUUCGCACAUCUCUCGUGCAAGUGACCACAUCCCCAGUCUCUAUUCCCAAACUCCACUUUGGUUUCCCUUCCCAGGUGUCCAUCCUGUGCACGGUCAGCACUGCUCUCUGUGCUCUACUCCCGUGGGUUCGCACAACUCUCGUGCAAGUGACCACAUCCCCAGUCUCUAUUCCCAAACUCCACUUUGGUUUCCCUUCCCAGGUGUCCUUGCUGUGCACGGUCAGCACUGCUCUCUGUGCUCUACUCCCUUGGACUUGCACGCAUUUUAUGCAAGUGAUGACACCCUUUCGUCAGCGACUCGGAACGAGGAAGGCAACAAAAGAGGUCAAGGCAGUGGGUGGAAGGAAUGUGGGUGGGACUACUGGGCGACGGGUGAAUGGAGAGGUGGAGGGGGACGCGGAGGAUUGGAGGAAUCAGAUGUGUGAGUUGACGAAUGAGUUGAAGAGUGAGUUGAAGAAGUGA